UGGCCUCCACGGGCCAGAGAGUCUUACCAGCCCUUGGCAGUGCUCAGUGUGUUCCUGUGCUGAAGAUAAAAGAGGCAGGAAUUCCAUGCGUGUUUUCAAAGGCAUUUUUAAAAGAGGAAAGUGUGGAAGGGCAGAAGAGGCCACUGCAGUGUUGGCAAGGUCCUGUUAGUCUGCCCACCCAGGAUCUCUUCCCGGGGUAUUGCAGGAUGGUGCUUCUGCUCUCCUGCUCCUCACAAUCAACCACUGCAACUGCCCAGUUACUACCUUUGGUAACACUUACACGUGGUUGGAAAAAGGGGAGAGGCCUCCAGAACAGGAAUAUGUGGAAUACACAGGAAAGCCAACCAGGAUUUCACCCAUUUUUUUAUUACUUUGUUCAUUUAGAUGUUCUGCUCUUUCCACUCUGGGAGCUUAAAAUGCCACACAGAGCAUCGCCAUGAGGGAUAGGCUAUUAAUGUGAAUCAAAGUCUGUCUCCCUUUCCAGGAUCCCAUCCACAAUUUGCUUUGGACAAGGUGCCACCCGAGGAUUUAAAGGACCAAGGAAGAAAGUCUGAAGGAGAGCUGAAGGCACUGGUGUGGUGGAGGUGGAUGCCAGGAUGGAGAAGCAAAGGGAAGGGUCACAGCUGAGCCGGGGACAUGCAGGAACCAGGCAGCUGUGCCAGCAGAGAGGUCAGAGAGGGUCUCCCCUGCAGCUCCCCCAGAGCACGAGGGAGCAGCUCCAGGCCAGAGGCCACCACCUUUGUGGGACACCUGGGAGUCUCCCUGAGCAGCAGGAACUGGCACCACCCGGGGACACGAGGGACGGGCGGGCACGAGGCCGGGCAAAGUGCACAGCCAGCCCAAGGCUCUGCAGCAUCACCGUCCUGCUGGGCACUGCCCUCCUCCUGCUGGCACCCAGCAGCACCCAGGCUCUGAGCAGCUCCGGGCGGAAGGGCCUGCCCACGGACCGGGAUUUGGACAAGGAAAUCAUCCCGGGUGUGGACGUGCUGGAGGAGUGGGAGCUCUCCGAAGAGGUGAAACCAGGUAGAAAGGCUGUGUCCAGAAGGGCCUGGCCCCCUCCACAAGUCCAGGUAGAGCCAGAGGAGGAUCGAGAUCACCUCCACCACCCCCAGGACGACGCCAGGAAGGUGGAUGUCCGUGAGCCACCCCGGAUGCUGUCCCUGCAGGUGCAGAAUGGCCCAGAGGAGGACCGAGACCAUCUCUACCACAGCUGAGUGCAGAUGUGCCCAGACUGUGAAAUGAGGGGUGGGAGCUACCCCUGGGGCUCCCUGGGGGGACUCAUCCUUCCCUACCCACCCUUGAGGCCCCCCCAAUAAACCCACUCCCCUCUCCAAUG